AUGAAUUAUUUAAGGUUUGGAACCUGUCCAAAUUGUAAAAAAUAUAAUACAGGAUUUUUAUAUUGUCAUUCGUGUGAUUAUCAAAUAUGUCAAAAAUGGACUAGUGGAAAUUCAGAAAUAGAUGAAUUUAUAAAAAGUUCACAAAUAAAUUCUAAAUAUUACCAUAAAGUAAUCGAAUUUAUACCUUAUAACAAAUUAGAAAAUGUAGAACAAAUUGGUCAAGGUGGUUUUAGCACUGUUUAUUCUGCAACUUGGAUUGAUGGUAAACGAACAUAUAAACUUGAUACAAACAUUAAUGUAUUAUUUUCUCGCGAACCAUGCACAGUAGCACUUAAAAGCUUAACUGGAAUUCCGAAUGUACCGUUAGGAUUUUUUAAUGAGUUUAAAAUACAUUAUGAAUGUCAACUUAACAGAUAUAGUGUAGACAAAUAUGGGAUAGAAAUAUAUGGAAUAACUUAUAACUCCGCUAAUAGUGAAUAUUUAAUGGUUCACGAAUAUGCAGAUAAAGGAGAUUUGCGGCAAUAUUUAUCAACAAAUUUUAAAAAUCUUGACUGGAAGCAAAAAAUAAAAAUACCUUGUUCAAUUUCUGAUAAUUUAGAUUUUAUUCAUCAAAGUUAUGUUCAUGGAGAUUUUCACAGCAGAAAUAUACUUAUGAUUAGCACCAAAAAUAUUAUAAAUAUUCCUUAUCUUAUAGGAUAUCAUAUAACGCUUUCUGAUAGUCAUCCAAUAAAUUCAAAUUUCAGAUUUUUUAAUCUAUCUGAUAGAUUAGCACAAAUUGGAAAUUAUAGAAUCACAGGAGAUGGAGGUCUUGAUCUUAUUGGUGAUAAAAAUGGAAUACAAAUUAUUAUUGGAAUUUUCGUUGUAACAAAUAAUAUUAAUAUAAAAGAAUUAACAAAUAUCAAUUCAACUGAACGUAAAAUAAUUAUCAGCCACUUUAAUGAACUCGAAGGUUAUGUCGAACAAAUGGAACAGGAGCAUAUGAUAGGAAUGUUAAAGCUAAGCAAUGAUAUUUAUAAUGCGGAAGAUUGCAUUGAAGACCCAAAUUCAACGAUAAAAGAUUUAAAAAAUAAUCUUACAAUAUUAAUGAGUCACUUAGAAAAAUUCAUUCAACUCAAUCUUGACUUUAAAAAUAGUCCACUACUCUCAAAUAUAGUUCGAAACGUUGCACUUUCUAAAAAUCUCAUUAUUAUUGCUGGGGCUGGUAUUAGAAGUUCAAAUGGUCUUUUUGAAAUGAUAAAACAAAAUUAUCCGGGUAGCUUUAGUUCGGUCAGAGACUUAUUUGAUACUAAUUUACAUAUAACUGACAAAGCUGUUAAAGCAUUUUAUAAUUUCAUGGCACAAGUAGUUCAAUUGCAUGGAACAUUGGCAAAUUUACAAUGUAACGUUUGUACAAAUGUCUAUUCUUUUACACAAGAAUAUUGUGAUAUUUUCACGAAAGAAAUUGCAACAUACGAUCAAGAUAAAGCCGAUUGUUUGAUAAUAAUGGGAACUUCUUUAAGAAUUCAUGGAGUGAAAUGUCUUAUAAAAAAAUUCGCUGAAGCAGUUCAUGAUCGUAAUGGCUACGUGAUAAUGGUGAAUGCUACGAAUGUAGUUACUAAAGAAUAG